GCCGCUCUCUGCCAAACAAAAUAAUGUGCCUACAAUCCUUGAUGUCCACUGACACUUAUCACAAUACUGCGAUAAUCACAUUACAAGAAACAUGGUUACACGAACUGUACGAUGUCAAUCUCAUCUCUCUAAAGGACUUCAUCCUAUUUAGACAAGACCGAAAAUGUGGUAAUAAGAAAAAUGGGGGUGGAGUAGCAACCUUCAUUAACUCCAAAUGGUCUAUUUCUAAUAAUGUUUGCUUCUCAUUCUCAAAUGACUUCAUAGACUGUAUCACCGUCAAAUGUCGUCCAAAACAUCUCCCCAAAUAUAAACACAUCUUUAUCACAAACAUGUACAUUUCUCCAAGUUGCUCACUAUCUAAUCUUUCAAAUUUUGCUGAUGAAUUCACCAUGUUUGCUGCUGCCAACUUCGAUAACUCUCUAUCUGUUAUUACUGGGGACUUCAACUCGUCAGAUUGCUCCUUCCUUGCAGCACUUGGUCACUCUAACAUUGUCAAAUUUCCCACUCGACUAGACAAAACACUUGAUUUCGUUUUUACAAAUGACGAAGGAAUCUACGAAGCACGUAAACGUGCACCGAUCCUCAACUCUGAUCACUCUAUUGUUCGUGUUCUACAUAAAUAUACAGCAAAACACAUAUUAAAGUCUUCUCGCAUCUCUCUAUGAAAGAACAACAAAGAUGCUACUCAUCCGAAAACUUACUCAAUCUAAGGUGCAUGUUACAAAAUACUAACUGGGAUUUAUUCCAUGAAAGUUCAUUAGAUGACACAAUUGUCAAUAUAACGGAUUAUCUUAAGUUCUGCCUUGAUAUAUGCUGUCCCAAACAAACUCUAUUCAAACGCCUCGACCGCUUCUCAUCUCCUUAUCUCAAACAACUUCGCAGGAAAAAAGAAACUUUAUACAAAUCCAAAGACAAAUUAGGACUCAAGAAGAUUAAUGCUCAGAUCAAAUC